GCAUUACCACUUGCUAAACUCUUCUAUCUAGGUAUUAAACAGAUAUCGAAGCCAUUGGUAUAUAGAAUAAAGACUGCUGCCAAAGGAAGCCCAUUCUUUAGGAAAUAUAUUUGCAUACCCCCAGCCCAAGCACAUCAUUGGCUGGAAUUAAAUGUUAAAAUGAGAUUAAUGGGCUUCAAGGGUAGAGCUGAAAUUAAACCUCUGAAUGAAGCAAAUGCUAUUGAAUUGGGUUCCGAAAUCCUAGGAGAAACCUUAAUAUUUGGUAUAGCAGCGGGUACUAUUCUUGCAGAAUACUAUAGAGGCCAAAGAAACGAAAGGAAGAAAGAAGACGUACAAAAUGAAACGUUAGCGUUACUGGUAGAAAAAGUUUCGGAACUAGAAUUACAGAUGCAUCAGCAAUCUGCUGAACUGAGA